GUGGCGGGCGUGCAGCGGAAGUCCCCGCCCAGGCCCCGCCUCCGCCCGUGGCUCGCGUGAGCUGGGUGUUUCCUGCCUCUCAGUCUGCGGGUGUGGACAGUCCGGCGUUCUCCGGCUUUUCAUGGAAGAGAUGUCAGGAGAAAGUGUGGUGAGCUCAGCGGUGCCAGCGGCUGCCACCCGCACCACUUCCUUCAAGGGCGCGAGUCCCAGCUCCAAGUACGUGAAGCUGAAUGUGGGUGGGGCUCUCUACUACACCACCAUGCAGACGCUGACCAAGCAGGACACCAUGCUGAAAGCCAUGUUCAGUGGGCGCAUGGAGGUGCUCACCGACAGCGAAGGCUGGAUCCUCAUCGACCGCUGUGGGAAGCACUUUGGGACCAUCCUCAACUACCUUCGCGAUGGGGCAGUCCCCCUGCCCGAGAGCCGUCGGGAGAUGGAGGAGCUGCUUGCAGAGGCCAAGUACUACCUGGUCCAGGGCCUGCUGGAGGAGUGCCAGGCCGCCCUACAAAACAAAGACACUUAUGAGCCUUUCUGCAAGGUUCCUGUCAUCACUUCAUCCAAGGAAGAGCAAAAACUUAUAGCGACUUCAAAUAAGCCAGCUGUGAAGUUGCUCUACAAUAGAAGUAACAACAAAUACUCCUACACCAGCAAUUCUGACGACAACAUGUUGAAGAACAUCGAGCUGUUUGACAAGCUGUCCCUGCGCUUCAAUGGGAGGGUCCUCUUCAUCAAGGACGUCAUCGGGGAUGAAAUCUGCUGCUGGUCCUUCUAUGGGCAGGGCCGCAAGAUCGCAGAAGUCUGUUGCACCUCCAUCGUCUACGCCACGGAGAAGAAGCAGACCAAGGUUGAGUUUCCUGAAGCUCGGAUUUAUGAGGAGACCCUGAAUAUCUUGCUGUACGAGGCCCAGGAUGGCCGGGGACCUGACAAUGCGCUCCUGGAGGCCACAGGCGGGGCGGCCGGGCGCUCCCACCAUUUGGACGAGGAUGAGGAGCGGGAGCGGGAACGGAUCGAGCGCGUGCGACGGAUCCACAUCAAGCGCCCUGACGACCGGGCCCACCUCCACCAGUGAGCAGACAAGCACCCCAGACCUCCCUGCGCCCUCCUCGCCUCCGCCCUCCCAGCCAGCCCCAUGCAGAUUCCCACAGGCAGGCUCCGGGGGCUCCUGCUUCCAGCACGCCUGGAGUCUGCAGAUAACUUUUGUAACAAGCCAGAUGAUAUUUGGUAUCUUUCCACUUUUAUAAUAAGCCAGAUGAUACUUCACCACCAGGCAACCUGAUUGUCUUAACCAGGUGUCUACGCCCUUACUGUUGAACAGCCUGUGUGUAACGUCCCGACUUUUGCUGAGAAUCUGAGCCAGGCUCUAUUUGGUGAUCAUGGGAAGAGAAGAUGAAUGAGUGUGCUGUGUAAGAACUCUUGUUUGCAGUAUUUAUUUUUAUGGUGUUGAUGACCUCUUGUGAGUUUCCUGGGGGCCACCCAGUGAAGGGUUUAGUUUGACUGUUCUGAGAGGGUCUGCAGUUGGUGAUGCCAGAGGUGUCUUGCCUGCAGCCCUUGGGUCCUGGCUGCUGGUUCCUGUGUGUUUGGACCAAGCCUAGUCUGCAUUGCUUUGCUAUAAACCUGUCCUGCAGUGUGGGGGGUGACUGGAGUUUAGGGCUGUGGAGACAGGACCAUAGGGGCAUCAUGAGCCUGCACUGUCAUAAGCGGUGUAGCUUUGAGUGCAAAGCUUGGUGUAAGAGGCAAACCUUUUGCUGCCCAGACCUCUGGUGAUUUCUGGGAGUCCCAGCCUAGUGUGGCCGGAAGCUGAGCUUUCCCUCACACUGUGGGCUAAACUCCCUCCCUGGCUACUGGCAGGCACUUUCCUGUCAACCCUCACAGUCCAAGCCAGCCCCCUGUUUCUGGUGGCCUGCAGAGCUCCAAAUUGCUGCUCCAGUGAAUCCACUCCAUGCCUGUAGCCUUCCUGCUUCAGCUGGGCUUUAAGCCCACUGCUGCUCCAAGGAAUCCACUCCAUACCUUUGACCUUUUCUGAGCCCCGAAUGGAUGCUCUGUCCUUUGCUUGGAGAUGAAAUGUAGCCUCCCAGUGAUUGACGGCUCACAGUGCCUGCCCCAAGGGAGCUGGCCAGGUGCUAUGCAUGCUGCUGGCCCUUGGGCAGUCCUUGCAGAAGAGUGACUGUCAGGGAGUAGGCUGAGAGGUUGUGCAGGUGCCCUUGGGUCUGGGUCAUGUCCACGUUUGUGUCUGUUGAGGGGAUGUGUAUGACCGUGGGGGGAUGUGUGCUCGCUGGCGUCAUGUCAGGCAGAUGUUGGCAGUUACCUCCCUCCCUCUGCGCCACUGGGCCGGCGGGGGGGCGGAAAUGCGCUGUGACUGGUGUGAGUGGUUGAGAGUAGAUGAGGUAGUGCAGUUAGAAGGCUAUGGAAGUGUGUUCCAGGUGGCGAAUGGGUGUUUGCUUCUCAAGGGACUCUUACUAUUUUAUAUACCAAAGGUAUUGGCGGGGCAGCCUUUACACACAGUAUUCCCCAACCUGAGUUUAUAUUUGAAGCGUUUUUCACAGCUUAAGACAGUUUGGUACUGGCCUCCCAGUGACAGGAGUAUGCCUCUAUUUUGUAUGCCGCAGCAUAGCCUGUGCUCAUGCUGCCCUAGCAAUCACACUUGGGGUAGAUGCUUUUUAACCUGUCCUGGGGGAAACUUUUAUACCAGGCCAUUUGGAUUUUGUUAAGGAAAGGGGGGGCUUACAAAAUAACGUUUCGUAAAUAUUUUCUACUCUUUGAGUUCUGAAGACCAACCCUGCCAUGAGGGUUGAAUUUUUGUAGAAAAUCAAAAUGACUUUCCAUUCUGUUUUCUGUAAGAAAGGAAAAGCCAUUGUAGACAUUGUUUCUUAAACGUUUGUGUCAAGAUGACGUUUGUGGACAAUCAGCCUUGCUUGCCUUUCCCUCCCUGGGACUUGUCACUUGAGGCAGCUCGCUGAACCUUCUCUGCUCCGGUUCUGCCCCGGUGUUGUGAGUCCUGCCUCCCUAGGAUGUCGACAGGGUUGUGAAACAUUCCAGUGAGUGAUGCUGCAAAGCUGCUGCUGGCCUGGAGCCACACUGUUGCCCAGCAUACCGUAAAAGGAUCUGCUUUUCCUCAUGCCAGCAUGAAAGCAGAAGUUAAAUAUGAACAGUUAAGAAUGGUCCAAGUAAAACACGGGCCUAAGAGUGGAUAAAGAGUAAGCCUUUAUUGCAUUGUACUAGCUUCUAGUUUAAGAAGAAAAAAACAAAAACAGACUUUGGUAUGCUAUCAACGAGUUGAGUUUGUUUUGCAUAACUCUGGCUGAGCUUGGGCUGCGCAGUCCAGUGUGUUGCAGUGUGUGCUGUCUCCCCCUAGCAUCCCUGUCAUGCGCGGUAGUGUCAUUUCCCUUGUCUCUGCACUAUGACAAGACAUCCCAGGUCUUGGCAGCUGUCCCUGUCUGUCGUGUAAGCAUUUGUGGAAUAUGUAAAAUAAAGGUAUGUCUUGCUUCCA